AUGGGGAGGGGGCAGCAGCUUUGCAUGAUGUUCCUGAUGGCGUUCCUCGUCGUCUCUACCAUGGAUGUUGUCCACGUGGCCGCAGGGAGAGCGCUAGGGGAGGUGAGCUACGGAGCCUUGAUCCCCGGCGGCACGCCUUCCGUGCCUCGUGGCCAGCCAUACACUGGCCGCCCAUGCACAAGAAUCUACGCAUGUAAACCGCCUCCUGCUGCUGCCGCCGCCGCCGGCGGCGGCGGAGCGCCAUGA